UAACUCAUUCUUUCUAUCAUCAACCAACAACAAGCAAUCCAAUAACUUUAUAUUUUCAUACAUCUCUUCAAAAGAAUUGAAACUUUCAGAAAUGGCUUUGGUGAGAAGUCUAUUGGGUGCGAAGAAGAUUCUUGGCCGCUCUGUAACUGCGACAGCUUCUACAAGCAAAAGAGCAGCCAUGGCGGCACCACCAAAAGGGUUUCUUGCGGUGUACGUAGGAGAGAGCCAGAAAAAGAGAUAUGUGGUGCCAAUCUCAUACUUGAGCCAGCCUUCGUUUCAAGCUCUCCUCAGUAGAUCUGAAGAAGAGUUUGGGUUCGAUCAUCCAAUGGGUGGCUUAACCAUCCCUUGUCCUGAAGAUACUUUCAUCAGCAUAACGUCUCGGCUCCAAUGAUAUGAUUAUUCACCAUUUUGUUCUUAGAACUAGAGUUAGAUUUAUUCAUUGUAUAUAGAGGAAUCUUUACUCUUUCUUCUCGAAUGAGUUUUCCCGAAAGGUUAUAAAAUGAAUUCAGUUUUCAUGCAA